UGAUAGGGUGUGGGUAUGGUGGUCGCGGCAGGUGUAGAGUCUAACUUUAAAGUAGGCCAGCCUGUUGCUUACAUGCUUUCUGGAGCCUUUUCUGAAUACAAGGUUCUGCCGUCCAGCUCUGCCAUCCCACUUCCAUCACUGAAGGCAGAGUACAUCACACUUUUGGGCAGUGGCCUGACUGCAGCCAUUUGCCUUGAUGAGGUUGGAGAGUUGAAGAAGGGGGAGACAGUUCUUGUUACAGCUGCUGCUGGUGGGACAGGACAGUUUGCAGUACAGCUGGCCAAGAAAGCAGGCUGCCAUGUCAUUGGGACAUGUUCUACCGAUACAAAAAUGGAGUUUCUUAGGAGCAUCGGCUGUGAUCGUCCAAUCAACUACAAGAAGGAGGACUUGAAUGAAGUAUUGAAGACUGAAUAUCCAAAAGGAGUUGAUGUAGUCUAUGAGUCUGUUGGAGCACAGAUGUUUGACACCUGUGUGAACAGGCUGGCUCUGAAGGGCAGGCUAAUUGUGAUUGGGUUCAUCGCAGGGUACAAAUCUGACACAGGCUACACGCCCAUCAGGGGAGGGGCUACCCUCCCUCCGAAGUUAUUGACUAAGUCGGCCAGUGUGCGUGGGUUUCUCCUGAGCCACUAUACCGACCUGUGGGUGGAGUACUAUCAGCGCCUGGUGUCCAUGUACAAUGCCGGAGACCUGGUGUCACAGGUGGACAGGGGCGAGGCUUCUGGGACAGGUGUCUUUAACAAAGGACUGCAGUCUAUACCUGACGCUGUGGAGUAUCUCUACACCGGUCAGAGCAAAGGCAAGAUCAUCGUCGAGUUUCCAGAAGGAAACAGCAAGCUGUAGUAUCAACUGGAUUGUGUCCGAGUUUUAUCUAUCUCUCACAUACAGAAUUUCUGAUCGAAAGCAGUAUUAAUCAUUGAUGAUAAUAAUCAAUUCUGAUUGCUACCAAAUACGAUAGUGAUAUUCCAUUUCUCCUCAAGAAAUGUAAUUGUCUUUUAUAAUAGCGCAGGAUAGUUUAAUGAAGAUAACAUUUUUGGUAUAGCCACUGUCAAAUGGGUUAUGUUGGAUACAUAGGCACUUCAGCAAUGAUGCUCGCAAUAGUCUUUUGCUCUUAUUAUAAUUGAAAGCUCUUGCCAGUUGUACUGUGUUGUUUUGAUUUGAGGAAGAAUUGAGAAUGAAAAUUUAUGAAAAUGUUUACAUGGGUCUGACUUUACAUCACACUAUUUUCAGGCACAAGGUAUUUUUACUGUUUGCCAGUUCAGUUGGUGAUAUUUACAGUUUGUCUGUAUUGCAUAAUGCAUUGUAUUGCAUUAUAAUACAAAUGUUGUACACAACGAUGAGUAUCAUGCAAGAUAUAAUGGUCGUUGAUAACAAUGGCUAUUCCAUUAAUUGGAUUAUUUUGAAAAUAAAAACAGUAAGAUGUUCUUCAAAUUUUGGUAACUUUAUUUGAAAUUGUCGUUACUUCAGUAUAAAACGUGGGGUUCAUGUUAAAUACCACUUGGGCCAGCCAACACUGUACAAUGUGUUUUCUCCACCAGAAAUGC